AUGGAUCUAUUCCAAGUCUCCACCGCCAAAUCCACUAUCAAGGUAAAAUGUCAGCCACAGAAUGUGCUCAUGGUCGUGUCCAACCGCCAGUUGCAGGUCUGGAACGGAUCUACUUGUUGGCCGUCGAAUCUUCAGGACGGCUCAUUGAUGUAUCUCGUUACCGACCCAGGAAAAACUGUUGAAGACGAAUCUCCAGCGUCCUCUGCCUCAGGCUCGACUUCUCCUGUGCCAAAAGAGCCCGAGAAGAAGAAACGUGCUUACAAAAAGUGCAAGGCGACGCACACGAUUCGAAAGGAGCAGAAGGCGGUACUAGAGAAGAAGAUCGCUGAGCUACAAGCCCAUCUUGAGGAUAUUAAGUUCUGGGCACUGGUAGAGCAGGGCGAAGUGUGUAAAUCCUACCAUGACCGAGUAGAGAAACAAAAGAAUCGAUUCAGGAUCAGCAUUUGGUGA